AUGACUGAACUCUGCAUGAGGCUCUGGGGGCUCCAGCUGAACCUCUGGCUCAUGGCUCUGCUCACAGGUGGGAUCUCAGCAGCCAGGUACAGCCCCACGAACAGCACAGGCAGCCGCUGCCCGGCGGCGCAGCAGCAGCCUCGCUACGUGGCGGCCAGGAGGAACACGGCUGUGCACUUCCUCUGCUCCAGCCGGGAGCCCAGCACCAUGCAGUGGUACAGGACCAGGCAGGGCAGCCAGGAGGUGCAGGAGCUGGACCACAACAGCUCCCACUACAGCGUCCGGAGGACGGGAGGCUACAUCAACUUCACCAUCUUCAGGGUCACCUACAGGGACAACGGAGUCUACGUCUGCGACAGCAAGGACCUGAGGGGGCAGAACAGGAGCCCACACCUCUGUGGCACAGAGCUCAGGGUCAUGGGUCACCUCAACGCCCAGCAGCUGCGGAACAGGAACACCCUGAAGGACACCAUCAUCAUCGUCCAGUCCAUCCUGCUGGUCGUCUUCCUCAGUGGUCCUCUGCUCCUCCUGAGGGAUAAAGGUGAAGCCAAGGAAAGCCCAGAGGAGGACCACACCUAUGAGGGCCUGGAGGUGGAGCAGAUGGCUACCUACGAGGACAUCACUCCCUUCCGGGACAUGAAGGUCAAGUGGACAGUUGGGGAGCACCCAGGGGAAGAGUGAGGGCUGCUGUGCCCAGUACCAGCCUGGCACCAG